CAUUCUCAUCAUCAUCAUCAUCAUCUCUCUCAUCAUUUUUUAUACAUAAACCUUUCAUUCUUCAAAGUUUAACAAACAAAAUCCUUAACUAGUGUGUGUUUAAUGUUUUUAUUAAACUAAACAAGAAAAACAAAAAACAAGAGAGAUAGAUUCAAAGAAUACGUGGUCUUUUUCUCAUAACACAGAUCCCUAUGGAAUGAAGUGGGUGCUCCCCACCCAACAUUGUUACUCACUUUGCUUCCCGUUUAUUCAUUCUUUUUGUUUUCUUUAAAGACACCACUUUUUCUUCACUCACACACACAUGUUUCUCUUAUAAACAAACCUCUUCACAACCCUCUCACUUCAUGCAGAUACAUUUUUUUUUCUCAACAUGACUAGUUUAUUUUCUGAAAGCAAUCAUUGAUUUUGCAAUCUUGUUUCUGAGAAUUUCAAUAGAUUCUGUUGUUAGGUAGAAGAAGCAAAGUUCAAACCUUUUUCAAGAUAAAAACAAGAUGAAGUCCAUGAAUGACAGUAGUAAUAACAACAACAACUCUGAUGACAGAAACAAUAAUCAUAACAACAAUAACAACAACUGGUUGGGUUUCUCACUCUCACCCCAUCAUCAUCAUCAUUACCAACAAACCCAAACUUCUUCAGUUUCCAACACUGUUCCUGUUCCCACUGCUUUCUAUUUAUCCCCUUCUCAUUUCACCAACUCACCUAUCUGCUAUGGUGUUCCUGAAAAUCAUAACUUUCAUUCAUCUUUGUCUGUUAUGCCUCUUAAAUCAGAUGGCUCUCUUUGUAUCAUGGAAGCUCUCGGUAGAUCACAAUCACAAGUGAUUGUGUCAUCUUCAUCUCCAAAACUUGAAGACUUUCUAGGUGGUGCAACAAUGGGAACUCAUGAUGAAUAUGGUAGCCAUGAGAGAGAUGCAGCAAUGGCCUUAAGCUUAGACAGCAUUUACUACAAUAACCAACAAAAUGCAGAUCCUCAUCAACAACAACAAAGCCACAUGACAUCACAUCCUUACUAUGCAGCACUUGGUUUCCAUGGCAUGUUUCAAUCACCAUUAGAGGUAGAAUCAAAAGAAACAACAAACCAUGUUGAUGUUUGUAGCUCCCAAUCCCAUAUUCCUCAAAACUGGUUCUCUCAAAGAGACUAUUCUUCUGCUUCUCAUGCUUCUCAUGUUUCUCAGUCUCUUGAGCAACAAAUGAACACAAACAUGGGAAACAACAAUGGUGGUGGUGGUUCUAUUGUUGGUGGUUCUGUUGGGUGUGGUGAGUUACAAUCUCUGAGCCUAUCAAUGAGUCCUGGCUCUCAAUCCAGCUGUGUGACUGCUCCUACACAGAUCUCACCUUCUGGAACUGAAUCAGUAACCAUGGAAGCUAAGAAAAGAGGUGCUGCUAAGCUUGGACAGAAGCAACCUGUUCAUAGAAAAUCCAUAGACACUUUUGGACAGAGAACUUCACAGUAUAGAGGUGUCACUAGGCAUAGAUGGACUGGUAGAUAUGAAGCACAUUUAUGGGAUAACAGUUGCAAGAAAGAAGGUCAAACAAGAAAAGGAAGACAAGUUUAUUUGGGAGGUUAUGAUAUGGAAGAGAAAGCAGCAAGAGCUUAUGAUCAAGCAGCACUUAAAUAUUGGGGUCCUUCAACUCAUAUAAACUUCCCACUAGAAAAUUAUCAAACUCAACUUGAGGAAAUGAAGAACAUGACAAGGCAAGAAUAUGUUGCACAUUUGAGAAGAAAAAGCAGUGGAUUUUCCAGGGGUGCUUCAAUGUACAGAGGAGUGACAAGACACCACCAACAUGGUAGGUGGCAAGCAAGGAUUGGAAGAGUUGCUGGUAACAAAGAUCUUUAUCUUGGAACAUUCAGCACUCAAGAGGAAGCAGCAGAAGCAUAUGAUGUAGCAGCAAUAAAAUUCCGUGGUGCGAAUGCGGUUACGAAUUUCGAUAUAUCUAAAUACGAUGUCGAAAAAAUUAUGGCUAGCAAUACUCUUCUGUCUGGUGAGCAUGCAAGAAGAAUCAAACAAAAUGUUCCUAGAACCGAUGUUCACGAAUGUAACGAUACAAAUACAAACGCAACGAGCCAGAACAUCGGAGAAACUGAUCAAGCGCGAAACAGCAAUGAAAGUACUGAUUCUAAAUGGAAGAUGGUGUCAAAUGGUUGUGACCAAAAGAACUCUGCUGGAAAUUAUAAGAAUUCUGAUUUUUCGAUGUCUUUACAAGACCUAGUUGGUAUUGAGUCAGUUGGUUUGGAUGAUUCGACAAAGAUCGGUAAUCAUUUCUCGAAUCCGUCUUCAUUGGUGACAAGCUUAAGCUCUUCUAGAGAAGCUAGUCCUGAAAAAACUGCUCCUUCUCAGCUCUUUCCAAAGCCUUCAAUGGAAACAAAGAUUGAUUCUAACAUUGGUGUUAGUUCUUGGUUUCCUUCACAAGUAACAACUCAAAUGAGACCAACUUCUUCUAUCAAUUUGUCACAUUUUCCUGUUUUUGCUGCAUGGAAUGAUGCUUAGGAAAAAAGGGUAAAAAGGGAAACAAAAUUAUCUUAUGAAAAAUCAUAUAUUAGGGGGGGAUUAAUUAAUUAAUGAAUGAAUGUUAGCUUUUUUUAUUUUCUUUAUGUAACACAAGCAUAGCUUUUUGGCUAUAUAUUGUUGGAAUCAAUCAAUGGAAUGAAUGAGAAUAUUCAUAUUGGAGGGAAAGAAUUAACUAAAGUUAACACUAAUGAUUAAAUUCUAUAUGAAAUGAUGUUUGACAAA